GUUUCAUUUCUUUAGCUACAAAAGCGAUGGUGGAAGAUACCAUCAUGGAAAAAAGAGAGGAACUCAUGGUUUCACCUAAACCCUCUAAAACCCAUGACCCGAUCCGAAAAAUUGUCCCAUUUCUAAAACCCACUUCUACUUUUACAAACCUUCAAAAACCCUUGUUUCCAAAACAUUCUUGUGAACAAAAGAUGUGUUCUUUAAAGGUUUCAUUCAAUGGCUUCAGAACCCCACAAAAGGGCUGGAAAGAUUGGGUUGAUAGUAUGCAUUCCUUACAUAAGUCCACUUGGAAAAAAGCCGGAAUUUACGAAGCCGUCUUGAAUUCGUGUUACGAGAUCAAGAAAGAUGAUAACUUGAUUCUUGGGUUUGUUCAGAAAUGGUGUGAUGAGACUAAAAGUUUUGUGUUUAGCUGGGGGGAAGUUACAGUUACAUUGGAAGAUAUGAUGGUUAUUGGUGGUUAUUCUGUUUUGGGUGAAUCUGUGGAUAGUGCUAUGAAACCCGAAAACUUGAAAACAGUUUUAUCGAACUUAAAUAAAGCAAGAGCAAAAUUAUCAGAAUCGACAUACCAAAAAGCGAAUCAGUGUGGAUGGAUGAAGAAAUUUAAAGAUAGUGGCAGCAAAAUCGAGCACGAGGCAUUUCUUGCAUUGUGGCUAACUAGGUUUGUUUUCCCUUCAUCUUAUAGUACGGUUAUGAAGAAUGUUUUCCCCAUUGCGGGUCGUUUAGCUAGAGGUAUUAGACUUGCUCUUGCACCUGCUGUUCUUGCUAGUAUCUAUAGAGAUUUAAGCUUAUUAAAAGCUAAAAUUACGGUUAUGAAGAAUGAUUAUUGUGAGACACCAGUUAUUGUAUGGGCUCCUUUUCAACUUGUUCAAAUUUGGAUUUGGGAGAGAUUUAUGAAACUUAGGCCUAAUCCUGGUCAUAGCUUAGUUCCAAGAUUUGCUAGAUGGGAGCAGAAGAAAUUGCAGGUAGAAAAGGUUGGCUCGUUUGUUGAUUGUGCCUUUGAGGAUUUUUGUUGGCUGCCAUAUGGUGAGAAUUCAAAUGAUAAUUCGGUUUUUUGUAAUGUUUAUCAAGAAACAGGAAAGUGGGUUGUUAAUGAGUGUUUAGACGAGGACGUGGAAUCAUGGGCUCGCUGUUUCAGAGUGUCUGAGUUAGUUGGCAUAGAUGGGAACUGUAUCGAACAAUAUUUACCGCAUAGAGUUGCAAUGCAAUUUGGCAUGAACCAAGAUGUUCCUGGUGAUGUGGCACGAACCAAUGAAACUCCUGAAAUUGCUUGGAGAUUUUAUUCUCGGCCAGUUAAGGAUGUUAAGCUGUAUAUUCCAUCACGAUUCUCUGAUCCAUAUGUCACUGCUAGAUACCUGGAGUGGCGGGAUAAGUCAAGUGGAGUGUCAAGUUUGCAGUCUUCUUUUGAUGAUAAUGAAACUGAUAAUUUUGUCAAAAUUGAGUCAUUAACUGAAGAUUUAAAGGAUGAUGAUGAGAUUAGAAUAUUGGGAUUGAAACUUGAAGCCAGGAUUAGCAGACUCGAGGAAGUAUAUGGAUAUCUGAAAGCUAAAAAAAAAGGUGACUUGUUAGUGUAGAUUGGCCUACGAUAUAUAUGGUGGUAAGUUUCAUCAAAAUUUACAAGGGCAUGUGUAUUUGAUGGCGUAGUUUCACAUCUUUGUUUUCUGAAAAUGCCAACAAAAUCGAUGUAUGGAUACAGUCUUCACAUAUGGUACAGUAUUUGUUUUGGUCGCUAUGUAAGCCAUAUUUAGUUUUGCAAACAAUGUUAGUGAAACGGGUUGUAAGUUUUAGACUGUUUCUGCUCUAACAUAUCAGAUGGGUCGAUUCAAACAAAUUUAGCUAAAAAGGGAAUUGGUCAAAUGGGUUAUUAGAGUAGUUGAAGUUCUGUUAUAAAUACAAACAAUCUCAAAACUGUU